GGUUCUCAGUGUGUAAUACUUAGGUUUCAAGUUUCUUAAACAGAGCAUCAAGAAACGCCGGGUUUCGCAGAACACCAUACAUUACAAGUUUACAACUGACUUCAGAAACCCACCUUCAGCACUCAGGCUUUGGAUAAUGCCAUCAGAAUCUGAUAAGUGGGGAUGGGAACAUGUUAGUGUGUUUGGUGGGUUUGACAGGGGAAGUGGUACAAAGAGGUGGAAAUGCAACCACUGCAAUCUAAGAUAUAAUGGAUCUUAUUCACGUGUUAGAGCCCACCUUCUUGGGUUCUCAGGUGUUGGAGUCAAAAGCUGUCCAGCAAUAGACAGGUCUCUGAGAGAAGCAUUCCAGAUCCUAGAGGAGGAGCGCCUUGCUCGGAAAAAGAAAAGGAUUUCUGGGAAUGGAAAGCCUGGUAAGCGCAUCCGGACAUCACAGUCAACCCUUACAGUGAAAAACAUCUCCAAAGAAGAUGUGGAUGACAUGAUAGCUAGGUUUUUCUAUGCUGAUGGACUGAAUGUAAAUGUUAUUAACUCUCCAUAUUUUCUUGAAAUGCUGAAAGCAAUAUCUGCUUUUGGCCCAGGGUAUGAACUUCCAUCUAUAGAUAAGUUUUCCGAUUCCUUUUUAAGUAAAGAGAAAGAAAGGAUUGAGAAAUUCAUGGCUUCAAUUAGGGAGUCUUGGCCUCACACUGGAUGUUCAAUGCUCUGUAUCAGUCGCUUAGAUAGCACACUAGGCUACUUCCACAUUAGUAUUUUUGUCUCAAGUCCUAGGGGACUCAUAUUCUUAAAAGCAGUCGAUAUAGAUGAUACUGACGAGACAGAGAAUUUGUUCGCUAGUGUUCUUAUUGAUGCAAUUUUAGAAGUUGGGCCCACAAAUGUACUUCAAAUAAUCUCACAUCUAGGCCAUCCCUGUAAAUCUUCUGAAUCUCUUGUACUGUCAAAGUUCCCUCACAUUUUUUGGUCUCCUUGUACUUCACAUUCUAUUCACAUGUUGAUGGAAGAAAUAGCAGGCUUGGAGUGGAUAAAAUCUAUUGUUUCGUGUGCUAAGGAGAUUGAGCAACUCAUGAUGUAUUACCAGCAUGCUUAUCCAGGUCUUUUUACUCAUAAUCUGAAAGAGAGUUCUGACCCUCUUUCUGCCAAGUUUGCACCUUCAUACUGCUUCAUUCAGAGGAUUUUUGAGCUAAAGCAGGUACUUCAAGAGGCAGUUGUUAGUGAAGAGUUUAAGCAAUGGAAGCUUAAUAUGCAAGGAGACAAUGUAAUUGUUGAAUCUGCCAUUUUAGGUGAUGAUUUCUGGUGCAAGGUUCAUUUGUUCUUACAGUUAUGUGAGCCUUUUGUAAGAUUACUUGCUACAUUUGAUAUCGACAAAUCUCCUAUGGGAAUUGUACAUGAAUGGCGGGUUCAGGCACUUGAAGCCGUAAGAACUAGGGGAAUCGAUUCCACUGCAUUGAAUCAGUUGGAAGUCCUGAUAGAAAAUAGAUGGGACUUGUUAUUUUCCCCUCUUCAUGCUGUAGCUUAUAUGCUAAACCCUAGAUAUUUUGGAAGAGGUCAAAGCAAGGAUAAAACUCUAAUGCGGGGUUGGAAAGCCACUCUCGAAAGAUAUGAGUGUGAUAGUUCAGCCAGACGGAUUCUUAGAGAGCAGCUCAGCUCUUACUGGCGACUAGAGGGAUCCUUAGGAGAGGAAGAUGCUGUGGAAUUUAGAGAUAAAAUGGAACCAGUUGCAUGGUGGGAGAACUUUGGUUUUGAAACACAGCAAUUGCAGACACUAGCAAUAAAGGUUCUCAGUCAGGUUUCAAGUGUUGCAAUGUGUCAAGAAAUUUGGCAAGAAAAUGACUUCCCAUGUCGAGAAACAGCUAAUAGGUUGGGUGUGGAUAGAGUCGAAGAUCUUGUUUUCGUUAGAAACAACCUCAGACUUCAUAGCCAAAGAUACGGGAAUUCAAGUUCCCCGUCUGGGCAAAGAAAUGCAAAUCUAAGUUACCCAUCUGGAGUUAAGUCAUGCGAUAGUGUCCAUCUUGAUCAAACAAUGUCAGUUGUAAAUAUCCAUGAUGGAUUGUGAAAAAAAAAUUGUACCAUUUAUCUGUCCUUCCUGUAUUUACUGAAAGCAGAACUCUGGGCUGUUGUAAUGUAGAUGUUUGUCUAAGAUCAAGUUUUAGAAGUGAUUAGAUCUCAAUUUGUGAAUA